AUGGGGUUUGCACUAUGGAAUAACAAUACUGUAUCGUGUGACGACUUCUUGAAGCCUAAGACCCCAGCCUUGAGGUGGAAGCGCAUCAUUAUGAAUGCUUCUAAAGUAGGCAAGGGUUUGUCUAUGCACAAGAAGGCACACAUUUUGGUAUUGAAAAACUGGAUUGAAGCUAUUGAUCAAAGGCAUCGUUAUGGGAACAAUUUACAACUAUACUAUAAAGAGUGGUUUAAAAGCUCCACCAAUCAGCAUUUCUUUUUCUGGUUGGAUUAUGGAGAUGGCAAAGAGGUUGAUCUUGAAGAGUGCCCUAGAUCAAAGCUCGAUCAACAAUGUGUCAAGUAUUUUGGACCGCAAGAGAGAGAAUAUUACGAAUAUGUGGUCGUCGAUGGAAAAAUACUAUGCAAUAUAAGCAGAAUUCCUCUUCACCAUGUAUCUCCACGGUCGAAAUAUAUCUUCGUAGUGAGCACAUCUAAGAAACUCUACAUUGGAGAGAAAGAGAAAGGAAUUUUUCAUCAUUCCAGCUUUCUUGCGGGAGAAGCUAUUCUAACUGCUGGGAGACUCUUGGUAGAAGAUGGAGUGCUUAAGGUGGCGCCGGUGGAUUUGGUUGAGGUUGGUGGCCUGCGGGGGAGUGGGAGGGUGGGGCGCAUCUCACCUUCCAGUGGACAUUAUAAGCCAACUGAGGAUAGCCUCGAACGGUUUCUAUCGAUUCUCAAGGAAAACGGAGUCAACCUUGACGAAGUGCAGAUCCGGAAGGCAGGCGAAGACUUUUGGGGUCCUUAA